AACUGCGGAGAAGGACUGAUGAUUUGUAAUGACAUUAUUUUGUACACUCAGCAGCUGACACUUGCAUAAUCAGAGAGCCAUCACAGUGACAAGCCUCAAGAAGAAAACAACUUCUUGAGUAAGGCAAGGAAGCGUGUGGCUUCAGUGGGAGGAAGAGCUGAGGUGAUGAGCAUCAUAGAGACCCCCAAUAAAGGAAAGCAAUAGAAGAACUGCUUAAAGAGGCAAAACGUGGGAAAACGAGAGCAGAAACAAUGGGACCUAUGGGUUGGAUGAAGUGUCCUCUUGCUGGUACAAAUAAAAGAUUUCUAAUUAACACAAUUAAGAACACACUGCCCUCCCAUAAAGAGCAAGACCAUGAACAAAAAGAGGGCAGUGAGGAACCUGCGAAAAGCCAGAACCAGAAGGAAGAAAACCGGAAGAAGCACAGAAGCCACCCUUACAAACACAGCUUCCCAGCUCGAGGCACGGCCAGUCGUUCGCCGCCGAGGAAGCGGAGCCGCCAGGAGAAGUACGAGAAGCGGUCAAACAAGCGAUGAGGCAGGAUGGAGACUAAGCACGACUGUCCUGCGCAACGAGGUGUUACAUCUGGGGCUGGGGGGUGUGCGGAGAAGGUUAUUGAGGACGACCUGGAGCUGACAGAGCAAAACCUGAGAGUGAUUUUUAUAGUAGGUCUUUUGUUGUGAUAAGCGGAAAUGAACUAGAGACUCUUCAAGGAAAUGAGUACAAAGGGACUUGCUCUGAAGAUGUCUUGGCAAGUUUAAGCUACUUUGGCAGUAUAGUAUACAUAUGUAUUGUUUGUAUUCUAUUUUGUUUGGAAGUUGGUUUCAAAAUAAAUCUAGAACUUAAAAGUUUUCAGAGAUUGUUAAAACUAGUUCCGUUGUUUUUGAUGUGCUGCAAUUGUGGUCAUUUCUCAAAAAAUAAAAUAUUUGUAAAUCCCAUACUUUAUAUUUUUGAGUGACAAAGUUAAAAUUUGGAAAUCAUCUGGUCAGUAGCCAUAUUUAUGAAAAGUUGCAGCCUUCCAAGGGCUAGAAAUUUACCUGGAAACUCUGAUAGCUCUGCAUUUGUCUUUAGGUGGACAAUGUAGGAAAUUCUCAAAAUGGCUUUGAAUUUAGUGCUCCGUAUCAAUAACUAGAGGUUAAAAAAUUGGCUCUGUUGUUUCCUUGUGCAUUCUCAAACUCAUUCCUGAGAUAGAACAAUUUUUCUAUAUUUAAUUUUUUUGAAUAUGUAAGUUUUAAGUGGUACUUUAAAAAGAACCCUCAAAAGUUAAAAUUAACAAUUAUUUCAAUGCUAUGUCUUAUUUAGUUAAAGACCUAUGAUACCACUCUUAGUAUAGUUGUUUCAGAAAUCUUGACUUUAAAUAUAAAAAUGUGUUUACAAGCCUUUUUUUGUUUUUUCAAUAUUGGUGUGAAUCUGUUUUAACAUACAGUCACAAACCUUUCAAACCUGUAUUCUUUUCAUGCUCAGGAGAAUGUCACCAAGCACCCCCUUCCCCAGUCCACAAAAGGAAGAAGAAAAAUCUGUCUCUCUGCCCCCCGGCCCCCAACACCCCCCCCAACCCCCACAGUUUUCCGAAGUGUCUGAGCUUAUGCCUGGCUGCUCCCAGAUAAUCGCUCUGCUGCAGUCUGCUCCCUGCUUCCUGGCAGCCAAGAAAAGCCCUUUCUAAAAGCUAGAAAGGAGCAUAUCCAAAAAGUUAGCUUUUGGGGUGUUUAUAGAGAAACCAGAGUAGACUGUAUAUCGCUCGCCACACCAAGCUGCUCUGCCACACCCUCAGUCUGCUCGCAGCUAAAGGCUCCAGAGUGGCAAACCCGAGGCCUCCUCACUUGAUCCAGCCCUUCCCCCACCCGAGACCCCAGGGCCUCAUCCUAUCACUAGGUAACAACAUGCGUUCCUUUCAAACACAAAAGGAAUACUUUGGUUCAUAUGACUUUAUACAAAUCUAGUUAUGCAUUAGCCUGUUUUAUUUGUGCUACAUUUGAAAUGUUUGGUAUUCAAAUAUUUGUUAGAAAUAGCAUAGAGUUGUGGAGGUUUUUUAAAAUUCUUGUUAUAAUUAAGUAAAAUAAAGUUGAGUUAAACCAUU